UUUGUUUUCGUGCGUUCAGUCGGUAUUUGCUGGCACUGUCGGCACUGACAUUCUCACUCGACCGUGCCCCUGUAAUAUCCCCAGGGCUAAACACCGAAUGGCAGCUACAGUACUGCAUUUACUAAAACGCAACGUCUAUAAAAGCGACAUCGCCCAGAGUUUCUUUAUACACAAAUUUUCGACAGUGACCCACAACUGCAGAAUUUAUCAACAUGCCGAAGCCUCAUGUGAUCAUUGAGACGGGCUCCUACCAGACCCGAGCCGGUCUGGCUGGCGACACGGCCCCCCGGGUUAUCCAGCCUACCCUAGUGGGACGAGGGGUGGGAGAGAAGUCGAACGAGACGUAUAUUGGAGCAGCAGCGAGGACCAGCCGUGAGGGUGUGGUGCUGAGUGAGCCAGUCCGUGAGGGACAGAUCCGGAACUGGGAGGAUGUAACGGCUAUCUGGAGGGAUGUUCUGGUGGACAAGCUGGGUCUCAACCCUCAGGAACACAACGUGCUGCUCAUUGCACCGCCUUCCCUAGACCCCCAGGACAAGGAGAAAAUAACGCAGAUUAUGUUUGAGAAGUUCAAGGUCCCUGGGCUGUUCGUGGCCAACAGUGGAGUUCUCAGUAUGUAUGCCACGGGGAGGUUGUCGGGUGUGGUGUUGGAGGUUGGAGAUGGAGUCAUCCAUGCCGCCCCCUCGCAUGAGGGCUUCCUGCUGCCCAAGGCUGUUACACGGUGGGCGUUUGGUGGAAGUGGACAGAAUGAGUUCCUCUGCAAACAGCUGUCUGAGAAGGGCUACAAUUUGGCCAGUGUUCCAGAGGCGGUGCGGCAGAUCAAAGAGAGUAUGUGCUACGUGGCCAAAAACUAUGAUCUGGAGACGGCCAAAGCAUCAGAUCCAGACUUCCAGAAGAUAUUCAAGCUACCAGAUGAGACAGCCGUGACUCUUGGUAGCGAGAUGUUCAAGACAUCAGAGGUCCUCUUCACGCCUUCAGUGGCAGGUCUGCCAUCUGGUGGGGUAGUCGCCCUCUUGGAGGAAGCCAUUGGGAAGUGCUCUGCCGAGCAACAGAAGUUGAUGUAUGGCAAUAUUAUAGUCGCGGGAGGCCCUACUCUUGCCAGUGGGUUCGUGGAACGUCUGAAGAAGGAGGUGAAGUCUCGUGCUGCAAGUGCCACAGUUGUGGCUGGGGAACACAGGGAACAUGCAGCCUGGCUGGGAGGGAGCACCCUGGCCGCCCUGGACGACUUCCAGUCCAUGUGGGUCAAGGCGGCCGACUACAAAGAGAAGGGAGCCGCGGUCGUCCACGACAAGUGCAAGUAACUGGAGGGCAAUGCCUGACCGGUGUUUGGUUCACAAGACUGAAAUACUGUGAUGUGUUAUACCAUAUGGACAGAAACUUGAGAUUUACUCAUAAACUCGUGAUCGAAGUAUAAUUGAAUGGUUCGACCACCUCUACGGGUUUCCAGGCACAGCAAUUUUUGUACAAUUUUUGUACAUAUCAAUAUUAUGGGAAAUGAAAAUAAAUAUAUAUUUAUGUUCACAGCUAACAUAUAACAAGUGAACCACUAUUAAAUCUGUUUUGUUGUACGAUGAUGGCCUAAAAUGGCGAUGUUAAUGUUUUGUGUAUAUUUUUGUUAAUAAAUGCCUUGAUGUUCAA